AUGACUCACCGUGUCGCCAACGCGCCCACUUGGCAUCGUUGGUUAACAACGGCCGCCCGGGAAAAUUGCCACGGGGCGGAGGCGGGCCGCACCGGACGGUUACCACACCCCUACGGAAAGGCUGUGCUCGUGGCCCACGGUCGAGAAAUCGCCAAAGUCACCCAUGGCUUCAUGAAAGAGAUUGGCAUUUCCAAGUACAAAUCCUUGGGAUGGGGCAGCCCGAAUCUGGAGGACGUGGCUCGCCUCGCGGAUCCGAGCCGCAGGACAUCGCAUAGCUGGGUCGAUGACCUCCAAAGUGAUGAGGUGAAAUCGCGGAAACGUCAGGAGGCAGGCCAGCGCCUCGACGCGGCGCUGGGGGCCCCCGUGCGGCGCUUGAGGUGGCAGGGCCCAGACGUUGUUUCCGAAGAACUCAUGCCCUGGGGCACGUUGGCUCCAGCACGACCACGGUCCCACGCUCCACGGUUUCCGGGGCGGAACCAGGCUCCCAUCUAUGUCCAAUUCGCCAGACAGAGGCAUAGAGCGGAUCCCUCGCCAGAUGCCACUUGCACUGCUGGGAGUGGUGUUUGGGAACUCGCCCAUUGGCGCGAAAUGGAUCUGGGCCAGUCUCGCGAAAUGGAUCUGGGUGCCCUGGCGUCAGAGGGACCAGGUCGAGCAGUGAACGCUGUGACACCAACGGCACAGUCCGGUCUGGGUCUGUCUCCCAUGAACUCGGCCGUGUGCGGCGGCCAAGCUGCGGGAAGCAGGAUGGUGGCUUCCCUGCAAAACGGCUCAAUGGCUUGGAGCGGUGAGGAAGCGACCCUGGGGAAAUGGCGCCGUGAUGUCCAGGAUCUGGCGCUUCUUUUUCAGGAGACCCGUGCAGAGGAAGAGACCGUGAGGCACAUUGGAGAGCCGCUGUUUGCGAGUGUCUCCUUCAUGCUGCCGACGCCCUCUGGGCCAGAGGAAGACGCUGCACAAUGCUGCGGAGGCCUUUCUCGAUGGCAGCCUCAGACCUACGAGUGGCUCACAGGUCGUAUGUCGGCCUCUAGAAAGAAUCUGCUGGUCUUCUUUUUCAUGAUUUUGGAGGGGGUUCGUCUCAUCGUGGCCAAGAACGCGUUCGUGCCAGGAAUUUACAUCCGCAGAAUUUGGUCCGAAUCCAGAGCUCCAGCUGUCGCGCUCGUUGAGAAACUCCGCGUCCAAUUCAUGUUUGGAGAAAUCAUCAGUUGGUUCACCGAUCUCUUCCGAUCCCUGGGGCUCUUGGCACAGAAGAAAGCAAAGAUUUGUUUCCUGGGGCUGGACAAUGCUGGGAAAACGACGCUUCUGCAGAUGCUGCGCGAUGGGCGCCUGUCAGUGAACGCUCCCACACUCUAUCCCAGCAAUGAGGAGCUGAACAUCAACGGCAUUCGCUUUCGAACCUUCGAUCUGGGCGGCCAUGAAACUGCCCGGCGUAUCUGGAAGGACUAUUUGUCGGCGGUCGAUGGCAUCAUUUUCUUAGUGGAUGCAGCAGACCGUACGCGCUUCCAAGAGGCGGCAGAAGAGUUGGGCCGCCUCCUAGACGACCCAGCGCUGGCGAGGGUGCCCUUUGUGGUGCUAGGCAACAAGAUCGACAUCCCGGUGGCAGCCUCUGAAGACGAGCUGCGACAUUCCCUUGGACUCUACACCCACAUGACGUCAGGCAAGUACGUGACCAAGGGAGAGGCAUCCGUGAGACCUUUGGAACUCUUCAUGUGCUCCGUGGUGAAGCGCAUGGGAUAUGCAGAGGCCUUUGACUGGCUGGCGAAGCUUGUUUGA